AACCUUUAUUCUUUAAAUAAAGUGUCAUUAUUACAAGAACAUAACUCCAAACUCGAUUUAGUUACACUAAUGCUUAAGUUUAUGCGCAUAACUAAAACCAUAAACAAAACUGUUGUUUUUAUUCGGGGAUAUUGUGAUCCAUGUGAAGAAUCUCCGCCGAGCUACCAAAUAUGCCCACCGUCCUCAAGUCCCACCUGCUCCCAGUUACCAACUUACUACUGCUGCCCAAGAACAAAAUACGAUGUUAACUUUAUCUACGUAAAUGAUAAGCCACCGAGCACAGCGUUAAGGGACUUCGUUGAUAGAACUGCACAAACUCUUUUUUGGACGGAAAUUGUUAGAGGUUUUGCCGUGACGCUCGGACAUAUAUUCAAAGAACCGGCGACGAUUAACUAUCCAUUUGAAAAGGGACCGCUGUCACCUCGGUUUCGCGGCGAGCACGCACUUAGGAGGUAUCCUUCGGGAGAGGAGAGAUGUAUCGCUUGCAAAUUAUGCGAAGCGUUCUGUCCAGCUCAAGCAAUAACAAUAGAAGCAGAAGAACGUCCUGAUGGUUCCCGACGGGCCAUCAGGUACGAUAUAGAUCUUACCAAAUGUAUAUUUUGCGGAUACUGCCAAGAAGCCUGUCCAGUCGAUGCAAUAGUCGAAGGACCUAAUUUCGAAUAUUCAACCGAAACACGCGAAGAAUUAUUGUAUAAUAAAGAAAAACUUUUAAGCAAUGGUGACCGCUGGGAGCCGGAGAUUGUUAGCAAUUUGAGAGAUAAUCAUUUAUAUCGAUAGAUAAUAAAAUUCAUUGAUGUUUUUAUUUUACUUUAAUGUGGCUUCAUUUUUAAUUGAAUACGUAUCGAAAAGUAUCAAUCCGCUAUAAAAUGAAAAGUAUCGGUUUAAGUGUUAAUCAAAUUUAUUCGGCUUUCU